UUGAUUGAUGAGGUUGACAACGAUAACGAUGAUGACGACGACGGCGAUGAUGACGUGGCCGGCUCUUAUUGGCCAGAGCCAUUAAGCACUCAGGAGGAGCGGGAGCCAGAGACGCCGCCGCCACCGCCGCCGCCUCCACUCACAGGCGCACAAGGCUCGGCUGCGCUCGGAGCGCACGCCUCUCCACCCAAAGCCCACAUGCGCUAAGCCGGGACCAUGGAUGCCACUCUCUACCAGAUCAUAUUCGGGGAGCUGGCGGACUUAAACUGCACUUUGCUGGAAGCGUUUCCUGACACUUUUUGGGAAAACGCGUCAUUGUCCCAGCUGAGCGCGGACGAUUUCUAUUGCAAUGCCACCACUGAUGAGAUUGGCACCUGCUGGCCACGCAGCAGCACCGGGAAGAUAGUGGAGAGACCCUGCCCCGAGUACAUCAAUGGGGUGAAGUACAACACCACCAGGAGUGCUUACAGAGAAUGUAUGGAAAAUGGAACAUGGGCCCUAAAGAGCAAUUAUUCAAACUGCGAGCCCAUUUUGGAGGAGAAGAGAAAGUAUCCCGUGCAUUACAAGAUAGCGCUGAUCAUCAACUACCUGGGCCAUUGCAUCUCUGUGGGGGCGCUAUUAGUGGCCUUCAUCCUCUUCCUCUGCUUAAGGAGCAUCCGAUGUCUCCGCAACAUCAUCCACUGGAACCUGAUCACCACCUUCAUCCUGAGGAACGUCAUGUGGUUCCUGCUGCAGCUCAUAGACCACAACAUCCACGAGAGCAACGAGCCGUGGUGCCGCCUAAUCACGACCAUAUACAACUACUUUGUGGUCACCAACUUCUUCUGGAUGUUCGUGGAGGGCUGUUACCUCCACACCGCCAUCGUGAUGACCUACUCCACGGACAAGCUGCGAAAGUGGGUCUUCCUCUUCAUCGGCUGGUAUAUUCCAUGUCCAAUAAUAAUAGCCUGGGGCAUCGGGAAGCUGUACUAUGAAAACGAACAGUGUUGGUUUGGGAAGGAACCUGGAAAAUAUAUCGACUACAUUUACCAAGGACCUGUUAUUCUGGUGCUCCUGAUCAACUUUGUUUUCCUCUUCAACAUCGUCAGAAUCCUAAUGACCAAACUCCGCGCUUCAACCACGUCUGAGACCAUACAGUACAGAAAAGCGGUGAAAGCCACGCUGGUGCUGCUUCCUCUGCUCGGCAUCACCUACAUGCUCUUCUUUGUCAACCCGGGGGAGGACGACAUCUCGCAGAUUGUCUUUAUCUAUUUCAACUCCUUCUUGCAGUCCUUUCAGGGCUUCUUUGUUUCGGUCUUCUAUUGCUUCCUAAACGGAGAGGUCCGCUCUGCAGUGAGGAAGAGGUGGCACCGCUGGCAGGACAAUCACGCCCUGAGGGUGCGAGUGGCCCGAGCCAUGUCCAUCCCCACUUCGCCCACAAGAGUCAGCUUCCACAGCAUCAAGCAGACCACAGCUGUGUGACACAGGGGAACAGGCAUGCACACACACACACACACACACACACACACGCACACACAACGACUGAAGGAUUAGACUUAAUCUUUCUUCUGCACAACAACGGAAGUCUGAUAGCCACUAAUCCGCUAACGAGACGGCCGUGUGGCUACAGGUGAGAGGACUUUUCUUGCUGCCCGAUGAGAACAAUAACGCUGCAGAUCGAUGCAAAACAUAAGCAGGAUUCUGCAUCAUUAAUGCAUGUCAAAGCUGGGAAACUCAAUGGUCUGAUACAUCAGUUAAAUCAAGAACUUGCAGAAUGUAACAAAAAGGCUAAGGAAAGAGAAAAGGUGUUAAAACAAUUAUAGCCAGAAGCCAUUUCUUUUCUGCCUUUUCUUUUUGUCUUGUGAAAGUAGAGCAAAGGAUUAAGUUGGCGUGUUGGGAACAAUAUUCAUGGUCACUCAGACUUUUUCCUCUAAUUAAAGCAUCUUAACUGUA